AUGAGUGUAUUGCUUGUUGCGGAACAAAAUAGUGAUCUUUUGUUGAAAAAUCAUAAUCUUAGACCAACUGGGUCUUUGGCCACUCAUCAUGAGGCAAAUGCAACAAGUUCUUAUCCACCCGAGGCAAAUGUUACACGAAGAGGUGGACGUGGAAAUUACAAUGGCCGUGGAAGAGGCCGUGGAAAUUAUCGCGGACGAGGCCGAGGACGUGGUAGAAAUAAUUUUCAAAGAAACAGUAAUUUCAAAAUUUUUGAAAAGCAGAAGGGACAGUCAUCUGUAAGCCACAAACAAACUCCUUCAAAAGGAAAAGACACAUGUUACAGAUGUGGCAUGACAGGGCAUUGGGGACGUACUUGUUGUACGGCCAAACAUUUAGUAGACCUUUACCAGGCUUCUGUAAAAGGCAAAGAGAAAAAUGUAGAAGCAAAUUAUGUUAAUGAAGAAAAUGCUCCUUGCCCUACCCUUGAUGUGUCAGAUUUUUUCAUGGACAAUGCUGAAAUUGGAAAUGAUUUCAUCUUCAGAGAAAAUAACAAUGCUUAA